AUGAAGCGUACAGUUAGCAUCUGCGACAGUACCGGUGGCAGGAGCAGCAGCAAACGAUCCCGUGUAGACGAAGUUCCAUUACCUGAUUACAUCCCUCAAAGGCCGGAAGAGCCUGAUCAGCAGCUAGAGAUGGAGAGGACGCAGGCACAGCUCGAAUGUAUAUCACAAGGCACCCCAUCAGAGCCGCGAGAGGCGGCAGCAGCAGAAGCCACACCAGCACCGCCCCAGGCCCUCUGGCGCCCAUGGGCAACGCAACCGGCACGGGACGAAGAGCAACAGCAGGUGCAACAGCCUCCCACCCCACCGGGCCAUCGCCACAGCAGCCCAGAACAACAGCAGGUGCAGCAGUCUCCCACCCCACCGGGCCAUCGCCACAGCAGCCCAGAACAACAGCAGGUGCAGCAGCCUCCCACCCCACCGGGCCAUCGCCACAGCAGCCCAGAACAACAGCAGGCGCAACAGCCUCCCACCCCACCGGGCCAUCGCCACAGCAGCCCAGAACAACAGCAGGCGCAACAGCCUCCCACCCCACCGGGCCAUCGCCACAGCAGCCCAGAACAACAGCAGGUGCAACAGUCUCCCACCCCACCGGGCCAUCGCCACAGCAGCCCAGAACAACAGCAGGUGCAACAGUCUCCCACCCCACCGGGCCAUCGCCACAGCAGCCCAGAACAACAGCAGGUGCAACAGUCUCCCACCCCACCGGGCCAUCGCCACAGCAGCCCAGAACAACAGCAGGUGCAACAGCCUCCCACCCCACCGGGCCAUCGCCACAGCAGCCCAGAACAACAGCAGGUGCAACAGUCUCCCACCCCACCGGGCCAUCGCCACAGCAGCCCAGAACAACAGCAGGUGCAACAGUCUCCCACCCCACCGGGCCAUCGCCACAGCAGCCCAGAACAACAGCAGGUGCAACAGCCUCCCACCCCACCGGGCCAUCGCCACAGCAGCCCAGAACAACAGCAGGCGCAACAGCCUCCCACCCCACCGGGCCAUCGCCACAGCAGCCCAGAACAACAGCAGGUGCAACAGUCUCCCACCCCACCGGGCCAUCGCCACAGCAGCCCAGAACAACAGCAGGUGCAACAGUCUCCCACCCCACCGGGCCAUCGCCACAGCAGCCCAGAACAACAGCAGGUGCAACAGCCUCCCACCCCACCGGGCCAUCGCCACAGCAGCCCAGAACAACAGCAGGUGCAACAGUCUCCCACCCCACCGGGCCAUCGCCACAGCAGCCCAGAACAACAGCAGGUGCAACAGUCUCCCACCCCACCGGGCCAUCGCCACAGCAGCCCAGAACAACAGCAGCAACGCCGCAAGAGGGGCCGUCGCAACGCGCCAACGCCGCACCGAGGGGCGUCGCACCGAAGCAACGCCUCACCGAGGGGAGUCACACCAAAGCAACGGCACAAAGAGGGGAGUCACACCGAAGCAACGGCACAAAGUGGGGAGUCGCACAGAAGCAACGACUCAACGUGGGGAGUCGCACCGAGGCAACGACUCAACGUGGGGAGUCGCACCAAAGGCGUCGCACCGCACAAACGCCUCACCGAGGGACGUCGCACCGCGCAAAAGCCUCACCGAGGGGCUCCGCACCGCGCCAACGCCUCACCGAGGAGCUUCACACCGCGCCAACGCCUCACCGAGGAGUGUCGCACCGCGCCUAACCCUCACAGAGGUGCGUCGCACCGCGACAAAGCCGCACCAAUCAGCAUUGCACCGAAGCAACUACUCACGAAGGGGCAUCGCACGGCAGCAACGCCUCACCGGGGGCACUCGCACCGAAGCAACGCCUCAACGAGGGGAGUCGCACCGAAGCAACGCCUCAACGAGGGGAGUCGCACCGAAGCAACGCCUCAACGAGGGGAGUCGCACCGAAGCAACGCCUCAACGAGGGUAGUCGCACCGAAGCAACGCCUCACCAAGGGGCGUCGCACCGAACAAUGCCUCACCGAGGGGAGUCACACCGAAGCAACGGCACAAAGAGGGGAGUCGCACAGAAGCAACGACUCAACAUGGGGAGUCACACCGAGGCAACGACUCAACGUGGGGAGUCGCAACAAAGGUGUCGCAACGCGCAAACGCCUCACCGAGGGACGUCGCGCCGCGCAAAAGCCUAACCGAGGGGCUCCGCACCGCGCCAACACCUCACCGAGGAGCUUCACACCGCACCAACGCCUCACCGAGGUGUGUCGCACCGCGACUAACCCUCACAGAGGUGCGUCGCACCGCGACAACGCCGCACCAAUCAGCAUCGCACUGAAGCAACUGCGCACGAAGGGGAAACGCACGGCAGCAACGCCUCACCGGGGGCACUCGCACCGAAGCAACGCCUCAACGAGGGGAGUCGCACUGAAGCAACGCCUCCACGAGGAGAGUCGCACCGAAGCAACGCCUCAUCGAGGCGAGUCGCACCGAAGCAACGCCUCACCGAGGGGAGUUGCACCGAAGCAACGCCUCACUGAGGGGAGUCGCACCGAAGCAACGCCUCACCGAGGGGAGUCGCACCGAAGCAACGCCGCAAGAAGGGCCGUCGCACCGAAGCAACGCCGCAAGAAGGGCCGUCGCAACGCGCCAACGCCGCACCGAGGGGCAUAG